UUUCUUAUUCGGCGCUCGGGUCACUCCGCGGCGAACAAGCGAGAUGACUACCACUCUGAAGCACGUCGAGCAGCUGUCCAGUCGGGUGGUGCGCGUCCUGGGCUGUAACCCGAGUCCCAUGACCUUGCAGGGCACCAACACCUACUUGGUGGGGACCGGCCCCAGGAGAAUCCUCAUUGACACGGGAGAAUCAGCAGUUCCAGAAUACAUCAGAUAUUUAAAGCAGACUCUCGCUGACUAUAACACAGCAAUCCAGGAAAUCCUUGUGACUCACUGGCAUCGUGAUCAUACUGGAGGCAUAGAAGAUAUUUGUAAAAACAUCAGUAAUGACACCACAUACUGCAUUAAAAAACUCCCACGGAAUCCUCAGAGAAAAGAAAUUAUAGGAAGUGGAGAGCUUCAAUAUGUUUAUCUGAAAGAUGGAGAUGUGAUUAAGACUGAGGGUGCCUCUCUAAGAGUUAUAUACACACCCGGCCACACUGAUGAUCAUAUGGCUCUGCUUUUAAAAGAGGAAAAUGCUCUCUUUUCUGGAGACUGCAUCCUAGGAGAAGGAACAACUGUAUUCGAAGACCUCUCUGAUUAUAUGAAGUCCCUAAAAGAGUUAUUGAAAAUCAAAGCUGAUGUUAUAUAUCCAGGACAUGGCCCAGUAAUCCAUGAUGCUGAAGCUAAAAUUCUACAAUACAUCUCUCACAGAAAUACUCGAGAAGAGCAAAUUCUUAAAAUGUUCCAUGAUAAUUUUGAAAAAUCAUUUACAGCAAUGGAGCUUGUAAAAACUAUGUACAAGAAUACUCCUGAGGUUUUACAUGAAAAGGCUAAACAAAAUCUCUUGCUUCAUUUGAAAAAAUUGGAAAAAGAAGGAAAAAUAUAUAGCAGCACGGAUCCUAUCAAGAAAUGGAAGGCUAAUCUUUAGUUUCAGAUUAAUGAAAGCUUUGUUUUGUUUUUAAAGAAGAGUAUAUUUCCUUAACUAUUAAUUAUUUACAGAGACUAUAGAUUGUGUGUAGAACAUUGAAAAUAACCCUAGAUAUACUUUAAAAUAAUGUCAUAUUUAUUCUAAAGUAUAUAUUACAUUUUAUAUCUAUAAUAUAAUUAACCUACAAUUUACACCAUUUUACCAAAAAUUCAGGAUCUAACAAUUUAUCCACUUUGAAUCAAUUAAGUAAAAUGGUUACUUUAAAAAUAAUAAACUUUAUGUAUUUUAAACUGGAUAUGUAUCCAGUUAUCUACUUCCAGUAAUAAUAGUAAUGAUACUAUUUUCUCUAGAUGCUUCAGUUAACAGCACAGAUUUCUGUGUAAUCCUUCCCUUUCUGCAAUCCUUGUCUACAGAUUAUGUCUUCAUUUUCAUGUUUCUAUCAGUUAUAUCAUGAUUACGUAUUAGUUCUAUAGCUCUGUGUCACAUAGAUUUUCUUACAGUGGUAUCCCACAAAUGAUUCAUGCACAUCAACUUUUGGUAAUUGAAAAAUAUGAAAUUCCUAGUUAAAGGCAUUAUAUAAUAAAUAUUUUUGUAAUCCAUGA